AUGUGAAUAUCAAUUUUUACCUUAACAACAUCUAGAUCCUAGAAGGACUGAAGAUCAUUGUUUUAGAAUUCUCUCUCCCAAUCUUUACAACUGGCUAUCUAAGAAAGCUUCCGCACACCUACUUCUAUAUCCUAAUAUAAAAAAGCUAUUCUCCGGAUUCAUUUCUAGGGCCAGAUCAAUGGGUGUGGAAUUUUCACCAUCACAAUGCUAAAAUCCUAUGCGUAGGAUUAACAGAGCAUCUUCAAUCGCUUGGUGGCCAUCUGGGUUAAAUUGGUUUAGGAAUUCUCUAUAGGGCAGUUUUUCCCAAUUUGGUCUAAUCCAGAAUUCUCUCCAAGUGGCUGGAUCGAAAGAAUAUAUCUAAUUUUAUUAGUCUAAUUCUUGCAGCCUAAUGAGCAUCUGAGGCCUUUCUCGGGUUUCGUAAUAGUAGCAGGCAACUGGAACAUCUGUAUAUUGAAUUCAAACCCUAUAAUAAAUUUUUAGGUGGACAUAUGCUUGGGGAAUGAUGGGUAUUUGUCACAUAUCAAAUUGGAGGUGGUGAGUCAAUCCUAGGGUAUUCUCUGACUAUCGGUUAUUUUUCACAUAUAAACGCGGCGCUCUGAAUGAAAAUUGUAUCAUUCUCCGAAUCAGUGUAGGUCGCCAUGAUGCCCGCCAUGACAGGGCAGAGCACCCAUUCAUCGGUACAGUUCCUAAACAGUGUCCUCUCGCAAAGGGGCCCUUCAGCCCUACCCUAUGAUGAGGAUGUAAAAUGGCUGAUAAGGCAGCAUCUGGUCUCUGUGAUUCAGGAGUUUCCUAGUCUCCAGGCUAAGACUGCAAUGUUCAGUCACAACGAUGGGAGAACGGUGAAUUUGCUGCAGGCAGAGGGAACGGUGCCCAUGUAUUAUCAGGAGGUCAUGUACAACAUCCCUGUUAUCAUUUGGCUUCUGGAGUCAUACCCCAGGCAGGCUCCCUGUGUUUAUGUGACACCCACAAGGGACAUGAUCAUCAAGAGGGGACACCCACAUGUCAAUGCAUCAGGUAUGGUCUCAAUCCAUUAUUUGCAAGCAUGGGUAUUUCCUAGCUCUAAUCUAGCAGAUCUAGUUAGGAACUUGAGCCUCUUGUUUGGCCAGGAUCCUCCCCUGUAUACAAAACAGAGUGCACCACAGUCUAGGCCUUCACCUUCUCCUCCUCCUCAUACUGCUCAAUCUGUACACAUGAAUCCAAUCCAGAGUCCUCACAUGGCACCCACUUCAUUACCUCAUGGUCCUAAUCCUAAUGCUCAAGGUACCCUUGUUCGCCCCCCUGUACCUGCACCUAGGGGUGGUUACCUUUACAACAAUCACAGGCUUCCCCCAUCCCCCCAGAGGCCUCCCCACAUGGAAGAUCCAUCAGAAGUCUUUAAGAGGAAUGCAAUCAAUAAACUGGUAGAAAUGUUGCACAAUGACAUGGCUGAAUUGAGGAAAAAAACUGAGGAAGAGAUGGAUGGAUUAUUCAAUACCCAAGCAGUAUUGCGACAGAGGGAGGAGCAACUUGAGAGCGGAUUGAGAGAAAUGCAGGAGGAGAAAGAAGGGUUAGAGCAGCAACUGCAACUUAUUCUCACUAACACUGAUGUCUUGGAAACCUGGUUGAGGACUAAUGAGGAUAAAAAGAAGGAUGCUAUUGACAUUGAUGAUGUCUUUGAGCCUUGUGAUACUUUAUCGAAGCAGAUGCUUGAGAGUACUGCUGCAGAUCUGGCUAUUGAAGACAUUUUAUAUUCCUUAGAUAAAGCUGUUCAGGAGGGGGUAAUUCCUGUCGAUGCUUAUUUGAAGAAUGUGAGAGCACUGUCUCGUGAACAGUUUUUUCACCGUGCAACUGCGGCUAAAGUGAGAGCUGCACAGAUGCAGUCCCAGGUUGCUAGUAUGGCAGCUAGAGUUUCUUAUGUUUCAUAAUUCAAAGUUGUGGAAAUUGAACUACCCUUAUAGCAUGGGCCUUGUUUAUCACACUUGACUUUUUUGUUUCUUACAUUGAGUAUGAUUGUGAGCUACCAUGCUAUAACAUUUGAAGACAUGAGAUAGAGAGUGGAGAUAAAAUUCAGGAAUGGAAAGGGUAGGGCGCUUCUGACAUGGAUAAAGAAGAACAGAAGGUUUCUGCUGUAUUUGUGUGCCAAUAUGGAGCAAGCAAUGGGUCAAAUUCUUGUACUGUUUCUUAUGCUCACAUGAUAUCUUUUUCAAUGAGUAGGAUUUUAGCCUGAACAUAAAUAUAAUUGUAUUCUAUUGUUAUAACUUAUAUCCAUCACAGAAUAGAUCAGAUUUUGUUGUAACAUAUCAUUCGAUGUCAUAUUUUCUGAAGUGAAUUUAAUUUGAUUUUUUCAGCGCCAUGAUCAAUCA